AUGGUUUCCAUUCGUCCAAUUCGUCUUCCCUUUUUCAAACGUGCACGCCACUUUCACAUAGGCACAACCUUCAAACAACAAUAUACCUACAACUACAAUUAUACACCAAGAAAAUUGCCUAGAAGGCUUCUCUACUUUGGAGUGGGAACCUUGAUCACCACUGGUUAUAUUUACUAUGCGUGGUGGCCAAAGCACACGUUUCCUCUGUCGGUGGCAAAGAUCUUGCGCAAGGGUCUUUGGGCCGAAUCUGACCGCGGCGAAAAUGACUACCAAUUGGCACUCAAAUAUUACAUCAUGGCACUCGAACAUUGUGAUGAAAUUGGAAUGGAUUCGUUGAGUGACGAGUAUACUGGGAUCCAGCUCAAGGUGGCGGAGAUGUUUGAGCGGUUGGACCAGAAAGAAAAUGCGGAAUUCAUCUAUAAUGAGAUUGCUACGUUGUACAUGAAGGUGUUGACGGCGGCACCAGAUUCGGAAGAUGGACGGCGCAUUGCUACGCCAGAGCACCGGGCUCACUUGAUCCAGAAAGACCUUCGGAUCGCUAUAAAGUUGGUGGAACUCAAUAACCUCAAUCCUCUGCUCAGCAAGGCUAUACUCAUGACUCACUUGUUGAUUGCCCAGGACGAAGUCCACAAGAAAUUGGGCCCUUCAGGCACCAUCUACAAGAUGACGGCUAUAAGCGACGACGACAAAACCCCGCAAAACUACAACGCUACCAUCAAACACGAUUCCAUCACCGUCAGCACCGACGGAGUUGUCACUCUGAUCAACAAAAAUCCAGCAGCUUGGUACCCUUUUUCCGACGAGUUUUUCAAUGCCAUGGACCUCUUGACGGCCAUAUGUGUAGCAACUGGCGAUUUGGGCAUGGCUUCUCGAGUGAAAAUCUCCAUGACAGAAUGGAUGCUUUUGGCCGAUGUCGAUCCACAUAAGCUACUUUUGUCCCAGUGCAACUUGGCGUCGUUGCUCUAUUUGCAGGCAGAAGAGUUUGAGGCACAAGAAAUUGGAUUUCGUCGUAAACUCGCCGAAUCUGCUGGUCUUGACUACGAUACCAUUAAGACUUUGACGCCAAAAACGGUACAAGAACUGCAAGACGCCAAGGAUAUGGUACAAAAAAUGAUGGAAAAAGGCAGUGUUGAAGACAAGGCAGAGUACCAAGAGGCUAUAGCCAACAAAGACAAAUGUAUUGGACUUUCGGUUGAAACGUACCAGUCUGUGCUUGAAUUUGCCAAAAAAUUACCCCAGGAAAUCAUCGAGAACAAUUCCACCAUCAAUGAGACAGUAGCGUUGGCUACGUACGGAUUGGGAGUGGUUCAUUUGCAUCUUUCACAGUACGAGAAGGCAGAGCGAUUAUUACGUGAAGCUCGAGUACGGUCCAGAUCGUGUGGCUAUGAAGGCUUGAUUGCGGAAAUUGAGCGUGAGCUCGGCAAAUUAUUCAAGGAAAGAAAGCUCCGGCAACAGGGCCAGGCGGGGCUGGGCGAGGUGGAUAUCGAAAUGGACAUUCAUAUCAAUAAGUGA